GUGGCUGUUUAAUAAAUAGGUGGGGUUCGACUGUAAUUAGUUUUACCGGUUCAAAAGCCGUUGCGCAAGAGCAAGAAAGUCAUCAGAAUCUGUGCAAUAACUUAAAGAAAUCCAAAAGACGAAAAGAAAAAAACAAAAACAAGGAAACAUGUUUCGGAUGUUCAGUAUCAGUCAUCAGCUACACACACAAGUAGGGUAGAGUAGACGAGUAGAUAUCUUGUGUACUCAUUUGUUAUUCUUGCGCAUGAAGUUCCCAUUAUAUAAAACGCGUCGGGAAGCAUAAGAAGGUAGCGGAAGGUUUCGGACCAAAUCAAGUUCGCACCGUAAGUGUUCGCACCAGAAACUCGAUUGGUGCGAAACUCAACAAAUUUUCCAACGACGUACCAGAAAACAAUACCUCUCCCCUCCACCCACCGGUAAACUAAGAACGAACUUUCGCGCGGCUAAACCUGGGCUAAACGAAGAAAUCCCAGGAGGGAAAGAGCUUUAGAAUUAUCAUAUUCUGACUAAACAAAAGUAGCUGAGCAACUUUUCAUAGCAGGAGGGAGCCGCACGUUGGUAAAUAAUCUUCCCACCCCACAGCCACAGGUCAGUCACAUGACAAACCAGUUGUAAAAAUAUCCGCGCGAGCGACCGGUCUUUGUGUCUUCUGGCUACUAGUAACUUCAAGGUUUUUCACGGAGGUUUCUUUCCUCUUGGCUUUUGCUUGGACUUUUGAGUGGUAAAUCGAAACAGGUCUUUGAUUGUCUACAAGAGAGGAAGGCAAGCACUGUCUGCUAAAAUCCAAACACAGGUUGAUAUGGUUUGGCAGUCCGUGUAGGUCUUUCGUGUGCUGAAACCUUGAAUCUUUUUGAACCGGCGAAGCUUCGCUCUUUGACAAGAAGUCUUUGAAGUAGCAGAAGUUUUGGCAUUUCCUGAGUGCUUCGAAAACUUAUUGAUAAAAAGGAGCCCCAUGAAGAAAAAUCAGUCCUUUGAAGAGAGAGCGGCCUUGCUUCGUUCAGAAGAUCGGCGAUAUCGGUCGCUUGGUUCCGUUCACCAAAACAAAUGCAAGGUCUACAAACGCCGAUGGUACAUUCUCACUAUUUUCUCAAUCGUUGCGGCGCUCAACAAUUUAAUCUGGAAUACUUGGGGACCUAUACAGGGUACUUCACAAGUUGUGUUUGGCUGGGACAACACGACUAUUACACUGCUGGCUGAUUGGGGCCCGAUAUCAUUCGUUGUUGCCGUUGUUCCGAUGUGCUGGUUGAUGGAUAUGAAAGGCCUAAGAGUAGCUGUCCUAGUUGCCAUUUUUUGUGAGUUUAUUGGAUCUGGCCUGCGCUGUAUACCACUCAGUGAUCAGCAUGUGAACCUACAGACUGCGCUUAUCCAUUGUGGACAGUUUAUAACUGGAAUUGGAGGUCCAAUUGCCAUGGCUGCAGCUCCAAUGGUUUCUGCAGCGUGGUUCCCUCCUGAGCAGCGUACGACUGCGACUGCAAUUUCUUCCCUGGCUUGUUACAGUGGGACAGCUUUGUCAUUUGUAAUUGGGCCACUUUUGGUUCCUGAUGUGGAGGAAUAUUUCAAACAAAGUGAGCUUAACGUUACCAGUAAUGGGCAGAUUUCUUAUCUUGAGCUGAGAAAUCAUUUUAACCAGACAGAGAUAGACUACUUCAAGCACAAAAUAAUGCACCUGAUGUACAUAGAGCUGGGAAUCACCGCUCUUACAAUGUUGUGUGUUAUCAUUCAUUUUCCUGAGAAGCCCAAACUGCCACCAAGUGUCACUGCUGCCAUUGGACGUCUGGAAUUCAAAGUUGGUGCCAAGAGCUUACUAAAGAAUUCACAGUUUUGGCUGUUGGUGGUUAUUUAUGGAAUAGGAACUGGAGUUUAUGGUGGCUGGUGUUCAAUUCUAGACCUGAACCUCUCACAGUUCGAUAUUGAUCAGAAAACUGCUGGUUGGUUAGGGUUUGGUGCCGUUGUUGCUGGAUCAGUCUCAGGAAUUUCAUUGUCAAUAUUUGCUGACCACUUCACUCGUUACAUGAAGCUGAUUGUCAUAGCACUCCUAACUGGUGCCACAGCAUCGCUCUCAAUUUUUACUCUGAUAUGUGCUGGUGUUAUUCCGUACUCAAAACUUGUCCUCUUUAUAACAAGCAUCUUGGGAGGGUUGUUCGUGAAUGGAACCAUCCCACUAUUCUUUGAAUUAGCUGUGGAAUCUACAUACCCAGUCGCUGAAGGAAUCACCUCAGGAUUCCUAACAUUCUCCAAUAAUUUCUUGCAAAUAGUUUUCUACAUCUUCCCAAUGCUGCCGCACUUUGGUCUAAAAUGGAUCAACUGGUGCACUUUUGUGACGACCGGUCUUUGCAUUCCUCUCUUGAUGCUGUGGAAGCAGAGGCGCUACCGCUCUGAUGUUGAUGCAAAAGACAGCUAUGUUCCUGCCCCCCAUAACAAAGAACUGAGCACUGAGGUCAAUUAUGGCAGUGGAAGUGUAUCAUCUAGUGUUAAUGGUUUCCUACCAGGUUCUUCAGCACAGACACAUUCUUAUGGCACAAGUAGUUAUCCUUCAGUUGCAUAAGAUUACUUUAGUGUAGGCUGAUUCUGAUGGUUGUGGGUGUAACUUAUGACAAAUUUGUUGGGGCAAGAUCAAACAGGGAUAAGAGUUGACAAGCAUGGAAAUUGAAGACUUGAACAAGAGUUCUCUGCAGCUCUUUUUAACUGUCUUCUGCUUGUGGUAAAAUGAGCUUAGAACAUGCCAUUCAGUGAGAAUAACAACAUGCCUGUUAAACAAGGAAAACCUUAAAAUUAUGAAAAUUUGACCAAACACGUAACUGAGAUAAUCGAGUAACGACCAGUAAUCAGGCAAGUCUGUUGACUCACAUGAUUUAAUCUUUUUGUUUACCACUUUGGGUUGGGUUUGAAGAGUAACAUAAUAAAUACUUGUAAACUAAAUUCUUUAGUUUGAGCAAAUGUGGUUGAAAUAAGGAAAGAUAUUAAUGUCUCAGAGGAAAUGAUAAUCCCAAUUUAUCCAUCAAAAUAAUUUGGUUCAUACUUCAGCCCAUAUCAGAAAGAUACAGGCAUGUUUUUAUUAAAAAUCUCUACUUUGUAAAGGGUUACAGGUUAGAGAUUUCAUGAGGUACUGUCAAGUUUCAGAGCAUCGUAUAUAGAUACAGAAACCCAGUCAUGAUUUGAUGCAUGCCUUUCGUUCGUAAAUGGCUUGAACUAAGGAGUAUCAGUAGAUUUUGUAGGAAAUUUCUUUGAUAUGAUAUGACAAAUCGUACAAGCAAAUGAGUUAGUGAGGAUGGAGAACAAUUGGGAAUAUUAGCACACAGCCAAACAUUUUGACGUUUAACUCCAAAUUCUACGAAAUUUUAUUCUAGUAUUACAUAUUUUGUUGCAACUUAACUUAAUUCAUUUCCUACUCUGAGAAAUCUUUUAUGAAACUUGUCUUCCAACAUACUUAAAACAUCACAAGUUGCAAGAAUAUUUCACUAUUUAACAGAGCCUUUUGUUUUUAAGAUAUUAUUGAUUGUGAGUUUAUCAUGUAGUCUUACUGAAUGUUCACGAUAUAGUUUUGUAUUGCUCAUCAAUAAUAUAUACAGGUAAAAGAUUUUCAUGGUUAUUUAUAACAAUUAAUAUAUUAUUUUACGGGACUUUUGGUGGUGAUAAGUUUUUAAAUUUAUUUUAGAAUGAUAUUAUUAAAUAGUCUGAAAAUUUGACAGUGAGCAGUUACUGAGUAGAUCAUCAAGUGGUGUUAAGCAGGAGUUAGAGGGCUUGUUAUUAUGGAACAACUUUCCAUAAGGGCAAAAGCAAAUCAAACAGCAAACAGUCUAAUGUUUCUUUUAAACUUCUGCUUUUACCUUUUGAAGUCCACCCUUUCUUGCGUUGGUCACACUUCUGGAUGAUCUAGGAAAGACUGCUCACUCAAGGCUGUCAUUAAUUUGCGAGUCACCCGUUGCCUUGGUCUUUACACCUAUAACAAACUUGUUGUUUUGUGGGUGAAUUAUGUCCACAACAGGCAUGUUCACCUGUAACGUCAAGGGCUCAUCAAGGACACUCAACCGUAACACCUGUUACCAUUAACAGCUUUUAAUGACAGCCCUUACACUCAAUAUGACAACUAAUAAGGGGCAAUGUUGCUUCUGACCGCAGAGCUUGAAGGGUAGUAUUCAUGCUUUGUUAUAAAUUUGUUCAACGCGUACAGUUUUACCGGUACGUUGUUGAUAAGAACACUCAAAAAGAGAUUCAAUUGACCAAAUUUUAGGGGUUGGGUGGUGUUUAAUUGGUCCUUCCAGGACUUAGGUUCGAUUUCUGGAACUCUCUCAAUUCCAGUCUUCUUUGGUCUUUGUGUUUAGGGAAGGGGCAUGGGUUAUCACGUCUAUCCAGGGCUUAGCGUAGGACUCUUAUUUUAAAGUAGCCAUGUUAUGAAGGCGUCAGCAUAUGAACAGAUGAUACAUUGCGCUUAAAUUAAUGAGAGGCAAUGUAAUACCAAUUUCUUAUUAAAUUUGUUUUCUCCAUAUAACAAUUAGGCUACAUUUUAAAGCUAAAAUGUGUAUAAAUUUACCAAUAUUUCCUUCUAUCAAAAACCAACAACAACAUGGUUUUCAGAUAUGGGCCACUGAGGGGAUGGGUUAUUAUUGUUAAUAAUUUAUGAAAAAAAAAAUGUGUAUUAAAAUCUGAAGUCAAAAGGACUGUCUGCUGUUUUUGGAUCUUUAAAGUUAAUGCAAUCAUGUGGGUUUAAACUGUCAAUGGAAGGUUGACCAAUGUUGUUUUAUGGCAUUUCUAUAUAUUAAGGUGGCCAGUAAUGGAAAGUGCUAGUUCAUCAGACUUACUUUUGCAAGUAACAGAAAUUUCCAGGGUAGGCUCUUGCAAAGAAUUAAAUUUCAGAUAAGCCCAUGGAUACCUCCUUAACUUGCCCCCCACCCCCACUCCCCAACAUUUAUACAUUAAGAAGAUGUAGAGAAGCUGUGUGGAAAACAUUUCUGGAAAGCAAAUCUUGCAUAUAAGCAGUCAAUUUUUCCAAGGUAAUCAAUCAGGCAAACCAAGUCUUUUUUUUUUUGAACAUUGAAGCCCGUGUCUGCAACAUGCAAUUCUUUUGCUUCUUUCUAUUUUUGCUUGCCAUUUUUCUACCAUCCUGAAUUCAUCUAAUUUUGCAAAUCUUGGCUCCUCCUUAGGAAGUGGAGAAAAUUGCCCUCCUUGCUAGUCACUAGUAAUAUUUUGGACGCUGACGAUGUGAGACGUUU